AUGGCAAUGGCAAAUAACAAAACUCAAUGUUUUAAAUGUAACAAAGACAAAAUUACAUAUCCUUGUAGAGGAUGUUCAAAUGAAUUCUGUUUAAUGCAUUUAAAUGAACAUCAUCAAAUACUAAAUGAAGAAUUAAACCAUAUAAUUAAUGAUUAUGAUGAAUUUAAACAAAGAAUUAAUGAACAAAAACAAAAUCCAUAUAAUCCUUCAUUAAUAGAACACAUCAAUCAAUGGGAAACAGAUUCAAUUGAAAAAAUUCAACAAAAAGCAAAAGAUUGUAGAGAAGAUGUCAUUAAAUCUUCCCAAACAUUCAUUAAUGAUGUUGAAAUGAAGUUCAAAGAUCUAACUGAACAAAUAAAACAAAUUCAUGGAGAAAAUGAAUUUAAUGAAACGAAUUUAAAUUAUUUAAAGAAUCAAUUAAUAGAAAUUACAGAAGAUCUAAAGAAGCCUUUAAAGAUUACUAUUCGACAAAAUUCAAAAUUAUUUGUUACUGAAAUUUCAAUUAUUUUACCAAAAUCAAAAUUCAACAAAUGGAAGCAAAAUGCCAUCACUGUAGCUGCUGGAAAUGGGAAAGGAGAGAAAUUAAAUCAACUCAACUCCCCUUGUGGAACCUUUAUUGAUGAAAACAAAAAUGUUUUCAUUGCUGAAUUUGAUAAUCAUCGUAUUGUUGAAUGGAAAUGUAAUGCAAAGGAAGGACAACUCAUAGCAGGUGGAAAUGGUAAAGGAAAUCGAAUAGAUCAGUUAAAUGGCCCAACAGAUGUGAUUGUUGAUCAACAAAAUCAUUCUAUCAUCAUUGCUGAUUGUAAUAAUAGACGAGUGAUUCAAUGGUUCAAUCAAAAUAAACAUAUUCUCAUUGCGAAUAUUGACUGCUAUGGUUUGGCAAUGGAUAAAAAUGGAUUUCUUUAUGUUUCUGACUGGAACAAGAAUGAAGUGAGACGCUGCAAAAUAGGAGAAAACAACAAAGGAAUUAUAGUGGCAGGUGGAAAUGGAAAAGGGGAUAAAUUAAAUCAGCUCAGCAAUCCUACUUUUAUCUUUGUUGAUGAAGAUCAAUCUAUUUAUGUAUCAGAUAGAGAGAACCAUCGUGUGAUGAAAUGGAUAAAAGAUGCAAAAGAAGGAAGAAUUGUUGCUGGAGGAAAUGGUAAUGGAAGAAAUCUCAAUCAAUUAUCUGCACCUCGAGGAGUGAUUGUUGAUCAUUCGAGUCAAAUCUAUGUGGUAGAUUGUGAGAAUGAUCGAGUAAUGCGUUGGUGUGAAGGAAAAGAAGAAGGUGAAAUUGUUGUUGGUGGCAAUGGAAAAGGAGAUCAAUUAACUCAAUUGAACUGCCCUCGUGGUUUAUCUUUCGAUGACGACGGAAAUCUUUAUAUUUGUGAUCAAACAAAUCAUCGAAUUGAAAAAUUUGACAUAAUUUUGUAA